GAGGGGAUGAUGAGUGAGAACUGACUGAGUUAUGAGUGUAAAUGAUUUUAUUAACGAAAUUUAACACAUUUACGUUAUUUAAAAAGCAUUCAUUAUGAAGACUGCUUUGAUGGUGGCCGAGAAGCCGUCGCUGGCCCAAAAUCUCGCUAAUAUACUCAGUAAUGGAAAAUGCAAUACCAAUAAGGGUUCAAAUUCGGCAUGUUCUAUCCACGAAUGGAAUGGUAACUUCAAAAAUGAGCCGGUUCACUUCAAGAUGACUUCAGUUUGCGGUCACGUUAUGAGUUUGGAUUUCACCGGCAAAUAUAAUAAUUGGGAUAAAGUGGAUCCCAUCGAGCUUUUCAGCUGCCCAACUGAGAAGAAAGAGGCUAUGCCUCGGCUCAGAAUACCUGCCUUUCUGGCUCAGGAAGCUAGGGGUUGUGAUUAUCUUAUCCUAUGGCUUGAUUGUGAUAAGGAAGGGGAGAACAUUUGCUUUGAGGUGAUGAGUUGUGUAGCACCCUAUAUGAAAGGGGAUGUUUGUUCUCCCCUGGUCACCUACCGAGCCCACUUCUCUGCUAUCACGGACAAGGACAUCAAGGCAGCCAUGCUGAACCUCGGCAGACCCAACGAGAAUGAGUCUCGGAGUGUAGAUGCUAGACAGGAAUUAGAUUUGAGGAUUGGAUGUGCUUUUACUCGCUUCCAGACUAAAUAUUUUCAAGGUAGAUACGGAGAUCUGGAUGCUUCCCUUAUAUCCUACGGACCUUGCCAGACCCCAACUCUCGGUUUCUGUGUCCAACGUCACGAUGAUAUCCAGACAUUCAAACCAGAGACCUAUUGGGUACUAAGGGUAACUGCAUCUACUUCGGAAGGAAGAGAGCUGCCACUGGAGUGGAAGAGAGUGAGGAGUUUUGAAAAGGAUAUUGCUAAUAUGUUUCUUGCUGGUAUCAAGGAAAUUAAGGAGGCAACUGUUGUCAAUAUUCAAGCAAAAGAGAAAGUGAAGCCUCGUCCGGCUGCCCUGAAUACAGUCGAACUGAUGAGAGUGGCGUCUGCUGGCUUGGGGAUGGGCCCUCAUCAUGCUAUGCAGAUUGCAGAACGCCUGUACACACAGGGUUACAUUUCGUAUCCACGUACAGAGACUACAAGCUAUUCUGAGAACUUCGAUCUCAUCGGCACUCUUCGGCAACAGCAGAACUCGAACAAGUGGGGGGCGGAGGUGCGCGCGCUGAUCUCGAGCGGCAUCAACAGGCCCAAGAAAGGGCACGACGCCGGCGACCACCCCCCUAUCACACCCAUGAGGGCCGCUUCCGAAUCGGAACUAGAAGGCGACAUGUGGCGUAUCUACGACUACGUGACCCGACAUUUCAUAGCGACGCUGUCGCGAGACUGCAAGUACCUCUCCACGACCAUAACGUUCCAAAUUGGGACAGAGACUUUCUAUUACACUGGCAACACUCUUGUGGACGCGGGCUACACGGAAAUUAUGCACUGGCAGGCGUUCGGCAAAGACGAGUUCGUGCCUCCCCUCCACGAGGAGGAAGUGCUGCGCGCGCACGAUCACCGCCUGGUGGAGUGCCAGACCUCGCCGCCCGAUUACCUCACCGAGUCCGAGGUGAUCACUCUGAUGGAGAAGCACGGCAUCGGCACGGACGCGUCCAUCCCCGUGCACAUCAACAACAUCUGCCAGCGCAACUACGUGACGGUGGGCAGCGGCCGCCGGCUCGUGCCCACCAACCUGGGGAUCGUGCUCGUGCACGGAUAUCAAAAAAUUGACCCAGAACUGGUGUUACCAACGAUGCGUUCGGCCGUUGAGCAACAGCUGAACCUCAUCGCUGUCGGUCGAGCGGAUUUCCAAGCGGUUCUCUCGCACACUACGGAGAUCUUCCGUAGAAAAUUCCAGUUCUUUGUGAGGUCAAUUGAGGCUAUGGACCAACUGUUUGAAGUGUCUUUCUCCUUGCUCAAAGCCAGCGGAAAAGCAUUGUCAAGGUGUGGGAAAUGUCGCCGCUACAUGAGAUAUAUACCGGCUAAGCCGGCGCGUCUGCAUUGUUCCCACUGCGACGACACAUACGGCCUCCCCCAAAACGGCACCGUGCGGAUUUAUCGCGAGCUCAAAUGUCCGCUGGACGACUUCGAGCUGCUCUCCUGGUCCUCAGGGAACAAGGGGAAGAGCUUUCCGUUGUGCCCCUACUGCUAUAACCAUCCGCCUUUUAGGGACAUGAAGAAGGGGUUCGGCUGCAACUCGUGCACGCACCCCACGUGCGCGUACGGCGUGAACUCCACGGGCGUGUCGGGCUGCGGCGAGUGCGCCGGCGUGCUGGUGCUGGACCCCGCCGCGCCGCGCUGGAAGCUGGCCUGCAACCGAUGCGACGUGAUAAUCAACAUAUUCGAGGACGCGACCCGCGUGUCGGUGUGCGAGCAGCAGUGCGGCGCGUGCGGCGCGCAGCUGGUGCACGUGGAGUACAGGGCGGAGCGCACGCGCCUGCCGGCCGCGCUCACCGAGAUGGCGGCCUGCUUGUACUGCGAGCCCAGCUUCAGCGCCCUGGUGGAGAAACACCGCGCCGUGUCGUCCCGUGCGCCGGCGCCGCGCGGCCGCGGCGGGCGCGCGCGCGUCAACAAGCACCGCAACAAGCAGCCCAAGGACAAGAUGGCGCAACUCGCUGCCUACUUCGUCUGAACCACAGAAUUCAUACCAUAAUACAUACUAUACUUUCUUCAAAAUCAUCGAUAAGCGCAAACCAAUCGCUUUACCAACCUACUAAUAUAUGAGGUGUACUGGUUUGAUGCACUCAACAUACAAAUAAGAUCUGUAUAUUAUUAUUUUUUUCCAUUAGUUUAUCUCAGGAAAUGAAGCUUUACUUACUUUAACAUAAGGAUACUUUUGUGCCAGACUCAGCUACAACAUUAUUAUAAAUUCCUAACUUUCUUAGCGCAAAUGGUUGUUUAAUCUCACUAAUAUUACAAAUUCUAAAGUUUGUAAGGAUGUGUGUGAUGAUUAAAGAUCGGAAUAGGUAGAUUGAAUUGGGGUCAAUGAACUGAAACGUAUAUAUUAAUAUGGACAUACCUCCGUCCGGGAUUGCGGGAUUUGUAAAUUAUAAAGAUUUUUCCGGAAUUUAUACAAGUGGGAUGAAGAAUAUAUUAGUGGUAGCUGUUUUCCCCCGACUUCGUUCACCAAAAUUGUAGUCCUAUGUUACCCGCGGCCAAUGUAGUUUACUGUAAGUGUAAGUACUGAAAUGCAAUCCCGGAAAAGAGGCAUAUCCAUUUUAUGCUUUCUAUGGUAAUUCAUGAUGCAAGUACAUAAAAUCAAUCUACCUAUUCCGAUCUCUGGUGAUGAUCCAGGAUUAGGUUCCUCUAUUAAUAGGGUGAUGAACUCAGAUGAAAGUUUCUUCAUGUAGUUACUUGACUUACUCUUGGAUUGGUGUCACUGGUCGAAUCUCGGAUUCUUCUUCAGAGAGUAGACAUCCGGACAAACUUCAAGAGAAUCAUGGGUUAAGUGUAAAGUUAACACGUGUGAAGUUGGAUGACGCUAGUAGCAUAUAAUGUCCUUGGAUGUGUUAAGGUUUAUAUGAAAACUCUUUGUGACUAUUUAUUAUUAUUGUAAGUGGAAUAAACGUUUCUAAC